AGUGUUCCCUGCUGGGCUGGGGGCGAUCAGCUCGGAGGGUUCCAAGGUUUCAGCGGACUGGGCCGCAGCCGCACAACGCCGUCGCCGCUACCAUCGACGCCAUCGGACGAGGAAAUCCGGGGUUCUGAUUUCAAGACCCUGCCUAGCAUCGCAUCACAUCGUCUCGCAUCGGGCAAACGGUUGAAGGGACGGAAUAGCGACGCCGACGAAGGCGACGCUGCCGAGGAAGAGAAGGAGAAACGAGCUCUGGAAACGAAAUAACACAAUUACUUGACACAAAUCGCGCAUCCACACCCACCCACACCCACAAUGGAAGGGUUUCCGCGUAUUAAUCGCACCAUGUCGGCAGGCCCAGGGCCACCGAAAUCACCUGCGCCGCAUCCACCCCGGCGAGGCCAGAGCGUCACCGCCGGGAGGCUUACACGGUACAGGAGCGUGCGGGAGCACAAGAGUGUGCUAGACUUUGGACGCAACUGGCGGGACUGGGAGGUGGAUAUUUUCCAGGACGACGAGACGGUGUCCAAUGCAACGACCGAGACGGGCACCGCGACGAGCAUUGCGCUGGGUCUAGGCAUUGGGAUUGCUGUUGAUGAAGAGGAGGGAGCUACUGGCGGUGUUGAUGAUGGUCAGGCAACGGUGUCAUCGCCGCAUCCUCAUGAUCAGUAUGGGCAGCAACAGCAGCAACAGCAACAACAGCAAACCCCGGCUUCAUCGUUGAGGAGGAGGCGCACAGCGCCGUUGCUAUCGACGCCAGUGCCGCAGACACCGUCGGGAGCACCGCAGUUGACGAUGCAAUGGCAAUGGCCCGAUCUCAUGGCCGGUACCGGCAUCAGCGACGCCUCGUCUCCGUUUGAUUUUGAAAAUUCUCCAGUCAGUAGUGGUCGUUGUGCAGCAACAGGAGAAGGAGAAGGCCAAGGAGGAGGGCGUAGUGCGAGUUAUUAUUGUCGUGGGGGUGGUGGAAUUGGCACUGAUAUUGGCAGUACUGGUGCUGGAGAUGGUGCGGUUGGCGGUGGAAAAAGAAUGGUGGUCCCAGCCCCUCCCGAAUCCCCCGUGCGGUUCAGCUACCCCAAUCGACGGCGACCAACCAAGACGGCCCCCAAGGCGGAUCUCGACGACAGCUGGAGCCCCUUGCAUGGAAGCUCGUCUCCUCCUUUUUUUUCUUCCUCGCCGCCUUCUCUGUCUCCAAAGUCCCCUACCACGACGACUACGGAUGCCAGGUCCUCUCCUCCUGCAGGCGGUGGUCGUGCCAGUGGUGUUCUUACUGGUGCAACGACAGACGCAUGCGGCCCUUAUGGCCCCAGACCCCCAAGCGAACCGGGUUCCCUAUUCUCCCUAGCGCCAUCCUAUUCCGGGUCCACGUCCCCAGCCCCAGGGGUUCCAGGGGUUUCCUCCACUCAGGCCGCCCCUUUGUACGCCUUGGGCCCCUGUCCGCCGGCCCCGUCUGCAGGAUCGGUGUUAUUACCACCAGCAUCAGCGUCAGCUGCUGAUGCGUCUGCGUCUACGUCUGCGUCUUCUGCUUCUUGGUCUGCGGCACCGAAACCGAACCUCGUCGGGCUUGUACCACAACCACCAACACCGCUGACGACAGUACCUCCUACACCACCACGACUACCUACAAUCCCAGCAGUUCCAGUCGUCCGCGCAUUUGCACUUGCGCCUGCAUUUGCGCCAGCGCCAGUAGAAGGAUCCCAAGGAACGGCACCACUUGAACCAGCUACACCACCGCCUCCAGUACCGCAUCACCCUCCUCCUCCCCCUCCACCACCACACUCGCUUUUACACCCAACACAACCAUCUCCUCCUGGAAUAGGACUGGGACUGCUUCCGUUGCCCAUCCCGGUUCAAGGCCAAGCCAAAGUCCAAGCCCAGGCACAUCAUACCCGAGCACGCGACCUCGUCCCGCCUCCCGGUCCCCAUCUGCGCCCUCGUUCGCACAACCCAAUCUUGGUUUCUUCCCACUCGUCAUGCGCCGACCUGAAGCUCGCUGCCAGGGCUGAACACGCUCGCUCUCAAAUUAUCACCAAGCUCGCCCUCCAACCCGACUCUAACAACAACACCGAAUACACCAGCACCAACAAGGAGGGCCUCAUACGCAGCAAUAACCCCCACUGGGACCAGCAACUUGCCCGUCAAGAGGAAGAUCGACAGCGCCGGCGCCACCAACAACACCAGCAAUUGCUCGCCCAGCAGGAACAGCAGGAAGAAGAGCACCGACGUCGCAAGGAACAGGAAGAGGAGGACGCUGCUCGUUGGGCCGAAGAGGUUGCUCGUCUUGAAGCAGAGACCGAUCGCAUCUUGGCAGACCAAAAGGCAAAGGACCUCGCAAGACUCCAGGCUCAAUUGGCUGCCGUACCCGACGCACCAGCCUCCCGUGUCCGGACCCCCAUCGUCGACAAGUUCGCCUUCUUCUUGAGAAAGGGUCGCAAGACCGAACCUGCGAACACUCUGACAAAACCUCCCUCUCAAUAUUUUCAACCCCUCACCCUCGACCACAGGCCCGUCAGUGUCAUGGAUCCCUCCCGCUUUAUACAAGCCGGUGGCGGCGGCAUUGUCCCCCAAACAGAUGCCCCGACGUCUGCUAGCAAUGCCGGAGAGCGCCGAGUGACUAUACGCUGCAUGCAGUCGUCAAUCAGUCUGCCCGUCACCCCCGAUACUACCCCAAGUGAGAUUCUGUACUCGGCCGCCAACCUCAUGACCCACAACAUCAACCCGCAAACCAGUGUCGUGCUCGAGUGCUACUUUGCUUUUGGUCUGGAACGCCGCCUGAGACGUUACGAGCCUGUGGCUCUUGUCAUGAACUCUUGGGACCGCGAUACGCAGCACUGCCUACUCAUCGUACCAGGUGAAUCCACGGACAAGAACCCCGACUUGAACCUCGAAGGUGUGCCCCGCACUAUCGAUCCGCCCUCAGGUCUCAUCAACUUCGCGCUGUACCACUCUCAGCGGCCCGGCAAAUGGAACAAACGCUACAUCACGCUCUUGGAGACUGGACAAAUGUUUUCCGCCAAGAAGAAAGAUGCCAAACUGUCGGACAAGGAUGCCGUCUCGCUCUGCCAUCUAUCCGACUUCGACCUGUACACGGUUACCGAAAAGGACAUGCUGAAGCAGAUCAGAGCUCCAAAGAAGAAUUGCUUUGCCGUCAAGAGUCAACAGAAAUCAACAGUCUUCCAAAAUACGGAAAACUUCAUCCACUUCUUCGCUACAGAUGAUGCCAAGCUCGCGGAAGACUUCCAGAAAGUCAUUCAAGGAUGGCGUAGCUGGUACAUUGCAAACAAAAUUGUCGAUCUGAACAAGAAGAAGUCAUCUUCACAUAGCAGCAGUGCGAGAAGCGGGACGAAAACGGGCGGCGGCGGCGGACUUACACGAAGCGGCACUUUGCACCGGCCCCGGGCAUCCGCCGACGAGACGCCGUAUACCAUUGGAACUUUCUCGCCGCUCUUGGACAUGAACAGUUUCGAGAAACCGAUUGACGAUUUCGGGAAGGAUUUGGACAAUAAGCCGACGGCCCGACACGCAGACCACCACUCUACACCCAGACACACCCAGUCUCACAAGGUUGUCUCUCGAUCUAGGACCACGCCGAAUCUGUCGCAGCCUCACACAAGAAGACUAAUUGACCCCUUUGCCAAGGACGAGUUCAAAUCCGGCGGUCUGUUGGGCCAAGCUUACGAGGGGCGCAAGCAGCAAGCAGAGAAGGCUGCUCUCACAGCAGACCAUCAACAAUACGCAGUCGAGAGUCCAUUUACUGGGGGGCACUCGCUGCUCGGCCAGUUCCCAGAACACGAAAAUAGCGGAAUGCCGCAGAGAAGGGGCACGGUGCGUUCGUCUCGCCCCACGGCGGCGGACCCCAUGCCUCAGCCGCGGAGUCGAUCACGGCCUCCCGCAGCUCGUCCGACCACUUCAUCGCGUCCCAAGACAUCAGAUGGUGGGUCAUCUUCAGGGAAACGAGAGAUGCCACAACCUCUUGUCGACCUCACGCCCAAGGUGCCCGAUUUACCCGCAGCCUGGCGAGACGGCCAAGGCCGCGGUGUACGUGUGCCCACUGGAAAGCCCCUGAUCGAGAUGGCGACGGGUCUGGAACUACCAGACGGGCACCUAGGACCGCAGCUGCCCACCGUCACCCGCAUGGGCACGGCAAAGGCGUAUCCUCCCCAGCGCAUGGCGUCGCAGUCGGCCGCUUCUAGACCGAGGAGUCGGUCCACAGCAGGCGGUGGUGCUGUACGUCGCGUGGUUUCCAAUGAGCAGCAGCCUCCCAUGCCCUCCAUGCCGAGACGGUCGUCAAGAAGAGACGACGAGGACGUUCCACUCAUCAACUUUGUGGAACGCGAGAGGGGUCGCGAUACGAGGCCUCGCAUGUCGCAGGGCAUGUCGCAGGGCCUUGGGCGGAGUGGUACCGUCAGGCACUGAGGAAUGCCGAGAGCGGAUGGCGGCGGUCCGCUGAAGAUUGGAAUGGGCCACAAACAUUGUAAGACCCCGGGAAAGAAGACGAAAGAAGAGUGAGAGUGCAGUGGACGCGAUAUAGGCGCAUAGGGAGAUGUCAUUUAACAUGUAAGAUACCCGGAUGUUGACGCGACUAGCAUGUCGUCGGUCUGCAACAAAAAGCUUUUGGGGAGGGAACCAAAAAAGACGGCACAUUUUGUUUUGCCUAGUCAUCUGAUCUACCGGACUUG